AUGCCACAACCUACCCGCCCGACGCGUGCACGUAUCGUGUCAAACGAGAAUGACGAGAACAGUGGAUCAAUGCGCAUGACGCGCGCCAAAGCAGCCGCGCUCAACGUCGAUGAGCUUGUUGCUCCUGGAAAGACGGCUCUCGCCACAAAGAAGUCUGCAGUCAACGCGAUCCCGGCAGGGCGAAAGCGCGCCGCCCUUGGCGAUGUCAGCAACGUCAACAACAAAGAGACAAUCACCGGGAAGAAGGCUACGAGCAAGAGCGGUCUCGUCUCCAAGGCCGCUCAACCUACUGGCAUCACGAAGAAGUCCAGCAGCACCGCCACUAGCAGAAAUACUGUGCCCAAAGAGAAGAAGGCACCCGGCUCGGGAUCCGGCGCGAUCCCCAAGAGGAAGCCACUCAACCCCCCAACGAACACGAUCUCUACCAAGGACAACAACCUCCUUGCAGAAGGCGAGCCCCUGCGCAAGAAACACCAAUCUACCCAGCCAGCUGAGAAGCGUCGAACCAAGCCUGAGCCUGAGCCCGUUGUGUCCAAUACUCCUGUCGAGUCUGUGCCUUCCGGCGUCGAAAAGCAUGACAUUUACCCGCGCGGCGUUAGGAACCUGGAUGAGGAGGAUCUUGACGAUCCGUUGAUGGUGGCCGAAUAUGCUAACGAGAUAUUCGAAUACCUUCGCGAUCUGGAGUGUAACUCCAUCCCCAACCCUAACUACAUGGAGCACCAGGACGAUUUAGAGUGGAAGACGCGUGGAAUACUGGUUGACUGGCUGAUUGAAGUGCACACUCGCUUUCACCUCCUCCCAGAGACUCUUUUCUUGGCCAUCAACAUCAUCGACCGCUUCCUCUCGGAGAAGGUUGUCCAGCUCGACCGCCUGCAGCUUGUUGGAAUCACCGCUAUGUUCAUCGCAUCCAAGUACGAAGAGGUUCUAUCGCCUCAUGUCGCCAACUUUCGUCACGUCGCCGACGAUGGCUUCACCGAGGCCGAGAUCCUUAGUGCAGAGCGCUUUGUCCUGGGAACCUUGAACUACGACCUGAGCUACCCCAACCCCAUGAACUUCCUUCGCCGCAUCAGCAAGGCCGACAACUACGACAUUCAGUGCCGUACCAUCGGCAAGUACCUGAUGGAGAUCAGCCUCCUCGAUCAUAGAUUCAUGUCGUACCGCCCCAGCCAUGUUGCGGCUGGUGCUAUGUACCUGGCCCGUCUCAUUCUGGAUCGCGGCGAUUGGGACACUACCAUUGCAUUCUACGCUGGCUAUACAGAGGAUGAGAUUGAGCCCGUUGUCCGUCUCAUGGUUGACUACCUCGCGCGCCCCGUCGUUCAUGAAGCAUUCUUCAAGAAAUACGCUAGCAAGAAGUUUCUCAAAGCCUCUAUCCUUACGCGCCAAUGGGCGAAGAAGAGUGCUGAGCAUUUCGGUAUUGUCGACGUUCACCUCUCUUUGGACCAGAUCUCUACUCGGGAAGAGGACAACUACCCUGAGGAGGAUGAUGAACAAGACGACUACUAG